UCAGUUGUCAGGAAAUAACGCUAACGUUGUCACAUGAGAGUUGUUUUUGCUCUCAAUCGUUUCUUAAAUUAUUUAUUACAAUGGAUUUCUUAACAGUCAUCCUCACUAUUUUUGCCAUAGGAAUGGCCCUGUGUUUUUACAACAAAAAUAGAAAUGUCUUUAAAGUUCUGGAUAUUCCGCAUGAUCCACCGAUACCUAUUUUAGGAAACAUGGCUCCCUGUUUGCUUCGAAAAAUGAACGUUUCCCAACUUAUUGAAAAAUUAUACAAUGCCUAUCCCGAGGCAAAAUAUUUUGGUCUGUAUGACUUUCAGACACCGACCAUUGUAAUACGUGAUCCAGAAAUCAUCAAAUCUGUUGCAAUCAAGAAUUUCGAAAUAUUUCCUGAUCAUCGAGGAUUUACAGACGUCAGGCUUGAUCCACUAUUUGGGAUAUCACUUUUUUCAUUAAAAGGUGAUUCUUGGAGAGAUAUGAGAAACAUAUUAAGUCCUUCUUUUACUUCUAGUAAGAUGAAGAUUAUGUUCAAUCUCAUAAUGGAAUGUUCAGUAAAAUUCACAGAUGCUCUACUUGAAAGAUCCAAGGACAAACAAUAUAUCGCAAACCUCAAGGAUGUUUUCACGAGACUUAGUGCAGACGUAAUUUCUAGUUGUGCUUUCGGAAUUAGUGUCGAUUCAAUGAAAGAUCCAGAAAACAAAUUAUACGUCAUUGGCCGGAAGGCUACAGAUUUUGAAGGUAUUUUGUCUCUAAAGUUUCUUCUGAUCAGAAAUUGUAGGAUGAUAUCGAGACUUCUAGGCGUAAGUAUUUUCAGUAAAAGUUCAAACCGUUUUUUUACGAAUGUGAUAAGUUCAAAUAUAAAAACAAGAAAGGAGAAAGGAAUUACUCGUGCUGAUUUUCUUCAAAUGUUGAUAGAAGCCAAAGAUAAAAAUAACGACAAUCGAAAAUUGAGUCUUCAGGAAAUCGCAGCCAAUGUAGUUCUCUUUUUUUUUGGUGGUUUGGAUACGGUUUCUACAGUUGUUUGCUUUAUAGCUUAUGAAAUUGCUGUUAAUCCUAAAGUACAGGAAAAGCUUCAUGAAGAAAUCGAUGCCGUUCUGAAAGGUUGCAAUGGACAAUCUACGUACAAUGAAAUUAAUAAUAUGCCCUACUUAGAUGCCGUGAUCAGUGAAACUUUGAGACUCUAUCCACCAGUUGGCUUCAUCGACAGAGUAUGCAAUCGCAAAUUUGAACUUCCUCCAGUUUUUCCAGGAAAGAAGUCUGUAACAGUAGAACCUGGCAUGGUGAUUUAUUUUCCUAUUUUCGCUCUUCAGCAUGAUCGUAAUAAUUAUGAAAAUCCAGAAAAAUUUGACCCUGAAAGAUUUCUUGGAGAUAAGAAAGUCAACGUAAAUUCAGCUUCUUAUAUCCCAUUCGGUAUUGGACCAAGGAAAUGUAUUGGAAGUAGAUUUGCCCUUUUGGAAAUGAAAGUGAUGAUCUUUCAUCUUUUAUCGCGGUGCAUUUUAAAGCCUUGCUCGAAAACUCCUAUUCCAAUAAAAUUGAAAAGAGACACUUUCACAAUGAUGCCUGAAGGAGGAUUUUGGUUGAAGGUUGCAGAAAGGAAGUAGAUUUUUAUUAUCGAAUUAUUGACCAAUUUUGUGCGAAGCACGAGUUACGUGCUACGAUAUAUAAUAAAUAGAAUAAAUACUAAAAUUAAAAGAACACAAAUAAGCAUGGCAUUGAAAUUAGUAUAACCUUCAAAUUUGAAAAUUGCUCAGUGAGUCUGAUAAAAUAUAUUCUAAUUAUUUCUGAUCAAAAAUACGAACUAAAUUAAUUUUUUUAUUUUUAAUAAAUUGUAUUUGAGGUUACGUUUUAUAGUCACACUACCAAAUAUAUUUUUUUUAAUAAUUCAAAGUAGGAUGUCAUGUUUAUUUUUGUUGUUUAAUUAAAAAGAAAUGAUACAUUUUAUUCAUUUUUCUCCAACAUUGUCUAAUUGGUUUCUACAGCAUAUAUUUUGUUUAUUAAAAUCGGCUUAACCAUUGAGGAGAAAAAAAUUAUUUUUUAUUUUCCUUCCUACUUUAUAAUUUCGAAAAAAACCUGCGAUUUCAUUGUUAAUGUUUUGAUAACUUUUAUUUUACAUAGGCACCAAAUUAUGGAAUUAAUUUGGACCGAAUGCAAGUGCAACUUAUAAAUGCUUAGAGGGCUAGAUAAUAUAAAUAUGCCCUUGUAUUUGUUAUUAAUAAAACUUAUAGGUCAUUGUAACAAAAAUAA